GGUACGCCGCCCUCUCUCUCUCUCUCUCUCUCAGUCUCUUCGUGCUUCUCUGGGAGACCCAAAACCCUAUCUCUCUCUCUAUCUCUCUCUCUCCACAGAGCGGGGUUUUUACGAAGAUAUUUGGUCGUUAUAAGGCUAACGAGAAUGGAGGGCUCAAUCGAUGAGAAGGCCGCUUCGGCAACGGAUUCCUCCGCUUCCGAAGAAACCCUUAGCAAAAAUGCACGCAAGAAGGAAUUGAAGAAUAAGCAGAAGGAAGAGGAAAGGCGGCGAAAGGAGGAGGAAAAGGCGAAACAGGCUGCUGUCAUGGUGGAUUCCCAGGGUAAGAAAUCUGCAGCAGUUGAUGAUGAGGAUAUGGAUCCAACGCAAUACUUCGAAAAUAGGCUGAAAUAUCUUGCAGCCCAGAAGGGAGUGGGUUUAAACCCAUAUCCUCACAAAUUCCAUGUUUCUAUGUCGAUCCUUGAAUAUAUAGAGAAGUAUGGAGGUUUAAGCAAUGGGGAGCAUCUUGUGGAUGUUACAGUAAAUUUGGCUGGGCGCAUCAUGAGCAAACGUUCAUCCUCUUCAAAGCUGUUCUUUUAUGAUUUACAUGGAGGUGGUGUUAAAGUCCAAGUUAUGGCUGAUGCUAGCAAGUCAGACAUUUAUGAAGAAGCUGAAUUUUCUAGUUUCCAUUCUAAUGUGAAGCGUGGUGAUAUUGUUGGUGUAAUUGGGUUUCCAGGGAAAACUAAAAGGGGGGAGCUAAGUAUUUUUCCAAAAUCAUUCCAAGUCUUAUCCCAUUGUCUCCAUAUGAUGCCGAGGCAGAAGGCAAAAGUUGCUUCUGACAAUGCCAAUUUGAAGAAAGUCGAGUCAUGGGUCCCAGGAAGUACCAGAAAUCUUGAAACAUAUAUUUUGAAAGAUCAGGAAACUCGUUAUCGACAACGGUAUCUGGAUUUGAUGGUAAAUAUAGAGGUUCGCCAAAUAUUCAGGACCAGAUCUAAGAUCAUUUCCUAUAUUCGAAGCUUUCUCGACGAUAUGGAUUUCUUGGAGGUCGAAACACCAAUGAUGAACAUGAUUGCUGGUGGAGCAGCUGCUCGUCCAUUUGUGACACAUCACAAUGACCUGAACAUGAAGUUGUUCAUGCGCAUUGCGCCUGAGCUCUAUCUUAAGGAGCUAGUUGUUGGUGGGCUUGACCGUGUUUAUGAGAUAGGAAAACAAUUCAGAAAUGAGGGUAUUGAUUUGACUCAUAAUCCUGAGUUCACCACCUGUGAAUUCUACAUGGCUUUUGCUGACUACAAUGACUUGAUGAGCCUCACUGAGGAAAUGUUGAGUGGGAUGGUCAAGGAACUUACUGGUGGAUAUAAAAUUAAAUAUCAUGCAAAUGGGUCUGAUAAGGAUCCAAUUGAGAUUGAUUUCACUCCCCCUUUUAGAAGGAUUGACAUGAUAGAGGGAUUAGAGAAAAUAGCGAACCUCAAUAUUCCCAAGGACAUCGCCAGUGAGGAUGCCAACAAAUAUCUGAAAGAGGCAUGCAUGAAGUAUGAGAUUAAAUGCCCCCCUCCUGAAACAACAGCUCGUUUGUUGGACAAACUUGUAGGGCACUUCUUAGAAGAGACAUGUGUAAAUCCUACUUUCAUAAUCAAUCAUCCUGAAAUAAUGAGUCCUUUGGCGAAGUGGCAUAGAGGGAAACCAGGCCUUACUGAACGUUUUGAAUUGUUCAUUAACAAGCAUGAACUCUGCAAUGCAUACACCGAAUUGAAUGAUCCCGUGGUACAACGCCAGCGAUUCGCUGAUCAACUCAAGGACCGGCAAUCGGGUGAUGAUGAAGCAAUGGCUUUGGAUGAAACAUUCUGUAUGGCUCUCGAGUAUGGAUUACCUCCGACCGGUGGUUGGGGAUUGGGUGUUGAUCGGCUAACUAUGUUGUUAACCGAUUCUCAAAACAUUAAGGAGGUUCUUCUCUUCCCAGCCAUGAAACCUCAAGAUGAACCUUCUGCUAAAGCUGCAGGAGCUUAGGAGGUUUGAGAUGAACUUAUAAAAAAAAAAAAAAAAGUACGAGAUGCGGAAACUUGGAACUAAUUUUUAUAUAUUUAUUUAUUUCAUGUACUAUUAUUAUUAGUCCUCAACCCAUGUUUUGGGGUUGGCAUUGAUCGUUAUCUGUCACCACUAAAAUCCUUUUUGUUUUUAAUUUAACCCUUUAUUGAAAAGAGUUGCUUUCUUUCA